AGCUACGAAGUAGCGAGAGAAGCCAUUUAAUUCUCCAGUCUACGCAACGAGGCGAAGCCCACGGUUUCAUCUCUCGAUUGUCGCAUGAACAGUUCCAGUUUGAAUUGUGACGCAAGCGCACACACUCACUACACUCACAUCCUCAUUGAUCCCCGACUCUCUACAUCAUCAAAGUUUGACUGAGUAGAAUUUGUGCUCGAGUCAACCAGAGACUAUGGCUGGACUAUGACAGUGCUUCAAACGUAGCAUUUCGUCGGAAUCAUUCUCGGGACGCCACACAGGAGCUAACUUAACAGCUGCUAUCCUCGAUUAUUGCCCAAAUACGCUGCACCAAUCAACGUGAAUAAUCCUUUCUUAAGCAUAUGCUAAACCAUCCCGUAUGCCAAUGUCCCACCGCUAGUACACUGUGCGGAAGUUGAGAUGCAGUAGUAGUUGGGUCGCUGCAAACGGCAUCUGAAUUUCAUGUUCUUAGUUUGGAGCUCUGGGUGUUUUUGAUUCUUGUGUCGGUAAGUUGUUGAGGUUUUUUGAAGAGUGCGCAUUCAGGAGUAUGGCCUCGGCCAACAAUGGAGCAGGGUUCACAAUCAGAGAGAUGCGACCUGAAGAUGUGCAGGAUGCAGGGGAUGUGUUGUACAGGGCCUUCUACGUAGACAGCCUUGCGACGGGUGUGCCGACCUCCUUCAAUGUUGCCUCUCCAGAGGUGGCAAGCAGAAUGCUCGGAUCUUUCGUCUCGCAGCCAUCUUGCUACAAGCUUGUGGCAAUUGACUCUGAAGGAAAAGUGGUUGGUGGUGUGCUAAUCCAACAUGGGUCAGGGGAUAAUUCUGCACACGGCGUGGGGCCGGUUUUCGUGAGUCUUGAUGCAGCAGAUAGAGGAAUAGGGAAAACUGUUACAAAAGCAGUGGUAGAGCAUGCGCAGAGCUUGAACGCGCCGUCCAUCCGCCUCAACACGUCUGCAUCGAACCGCAAGAGUUUUUGUCUUUACGCAAGCCUGGGAUUCAUGCCCGUUGAGUGCACCACCUCCUUCUUCGGCACAGUCAACCCAGAUGAUGGUGUAAUUGCUGCUUCUGCCCUUGAGAUUUCCACUGAAGUUGUUCGCACCCGAAAGAUGGAGGCAGCCGACAUCAAGGCGUGCGGAGAUAUGUACAGCAAAGCCAUGGGGUACGACCGCGAGGACGAAAUCAGAGACAUGCACUCCAAAUUCUCUGAAAAAUGUUGGGUGGCCACAACAAAAGACAAUAGCACUAUUCUGGGUUACACGACCGGUCUGUUCCUGCUUGGCCACACAAUGGGAUCAAGUGAGGCUGCGUGGGUGGCAGUCAUCACCAGGGCUAUUCGAGAGAACAAUGGCAAUGUCUCAAGCCUAACAAUCCCUGGUGCUUACUACCCCCGCCUCAUUAAGUGGGCUCUAGCUACGAAGCUCAUCCUUACUAGGCACAACUGGUACAUGGUGAUCGGGAUGUACCAGAAGCCAAACGAUGGAUUCUUCUGGAGCCCCAGCAUUACGCACUAGAGAACCAAACAAUCCAUGCUUGGGUAGGGUCAAGUGCCCCAGAUUUCUUGUUGCUGAAACUGCAAUCCUCACCAACGCAACGCUGGUAGCUUUUGAGGAGUGGCGACAUCUUGUGCUUGAAGUGUUCCAGUGGCAUUUUACAAUGAAUUGAUUUUGGAAUUGAUAAGUGGAUUCUUAAGUUCCUCCAAUCCACAAUACAUUGUCAUGACCUGGGAUUGGAUCCAGUCGUGAGCCGAGAUGUAUUAGAACAAAAUGAACUCUGCUUGUGAUGUGUGGAGUUCAUUAAUGUCUUCUUUCUGCAUCAAGGUCGACUCGUUGAACUCCGCAGUUGAUUUUGAGCUUCUGCAUGCAACCUGAUGAACCAGUUUAAUAUUCUGGAGUGAACCACUAUCGAGAAUAACAACAGCAUGGACACAUCUGCGACUAGCACAGCAAAUAGUCUGGCGGUAUUCAAACACCUCGACAAUUCAGGGAGAUGAAACUAGGUAUGAAAGGAAAUGAAAACUGCCAACUUUAUCCUCUGUGAACGAAGGUUUAGGGACAGAAAAACAUAUGUGUGUGAUGUUCAAGCCACUACUAGGAAGCCUGUCCAGUAGACUCUUUUCAUAUUGAAUAAAUGGAUUUGCUAAUAACUGUAGAUAGGGUGGUUUUCACUGUCAUAUUUUUUCUGUAUUUGUUUCAACAGAAUACAAGUUUUUUAUUUUAUUUUAUUUAAAUUUUAAA